GAGUAGGAAAAGUAUCAAAAGUAAUUGGUCAGUAAAAAUUGUCCAAUAACGAAAUUAUUUUGUAUGAAUAAAUAAAUAGUUUAUUAAGUGAAAUACACAAAAAUACUGGAAUUACAACAUUUCAAAUAAUAAAUAAAAAUAUCAGUUUAUUUACUCAACAUAGAAAUGAUCAAAUUGUUAACUGUCUUCGUUUGUGUUUUCACAAUGGAGUUAAAUGCCAGUCCUCGUGGUCGUUUGAGAACAGAAUUACCAGAAGGGUUGUUAAAUCCAGACUUAUCCGAUGAUUAUUAUUCAUACUAUCCUCCAGGUACAUAUACUCCCAGCUAUUGGAGAACAAAAGAAAAGCGUUGGUUUCCUAUCAAAGAAUACCGUGGUGGACUCAUGGAAGUCUAAUUGAGUUCCUGUUGUAUGAAUCAAUUCACUUGCAAAAGUUCUUUUAUUCGCUCACAUGUUGAGUACUUAUUCAUAUGCGUUGAAUAAAAUGAUUUUAUCUU